AUGGAUAGCUGGAGGGUUGCUGUGCUUGGUGAUGGUGGUGUAGGUAAAACUGCUUUGGCCGUUCAGUUUACCCUUAACUGUUUCACUUAUGACCCGACAAUAGAAGACGCUUAUAGGAAGCAGCUAAUUGUGGAUAACAAGAUGUGCUUCGUCGAAGUCAUUGAUACUGCUGGCCAGGAGGAGUACGCCACUUUGCGUGAUCAAUGGGUUCGGGAAGGCCAGGGGUUUAUUUUGGUCUACUCGAUCGCAUCUCGGUCAACGUUUGAACGGCUGGAUGUUUUCAGACAGUCGAUGCUCAAAGUCAAGCGCCAAAAACCUAUCUUCAUGUUGGUCGGCAACAAAUGCGACAAGACAUACGAGCGUGAAGUCUCGCGUGAGGAAGGCAUUGCACUCGCCCGGUCAUUUGGCUGUGAAUUUAUGGAAACCUCAGCCAGAACAGCAUAUAAUGUCGAGCUCCUAUUCACCAACCUAGUACGUGCCCUACGGCAGACGAAACGGUUAGAGUCAGGUGGUCCAGGGGGGAAACAGGGCGACAGGCCACCAAAGGACGGCAAGAAACCUGUCAAAUGCGUGGUUAUGUAA